AUGAUUCAUUGCCACGACGACAAGCAAUUUGUCAUUCUUGAUCAAAUCAAGUUUUUAAACCAUAUUUAUACACAUACAAAAGAUUGGAAACAGAGUGUCGAUGCUGAUAGUAGAAUAAAUUUGACGUGGAGGAAAGAUUUGUUUUAUGUGGAACAACCAUUUCGGAGGCCAACUAGCGGACAAAUGGCGAGAAAGAAGAAAAAGAAUGCGAAGCGAACUCACGAUGACGUGUUUGACAAUACUGACAACGAUUUGAUUUCAAAAUUAAACCAAGCAGUGAAUUUUUGUAAAGAUAACUUAUCAUUCAUCAACGAUACUUCGAUAGCUCAAACCGCACACACGUUUGACGAUGUUCCUUUCGCUGAUAUCGCUACUCAACAAAGUGAUCGAAGAGCACCAAUCCAGCGUAUUCUCUUAACUGAUUAUUUCCUCCGUGCAUCAAAAUUAGGCAUACAACCUAAUGUUGUUUAUACGCAUGAUAAAACUCACGCAAGUAUAAUUGAUACUGCUGUCGCCGGGCGCCUUCUAUUACCAGAAAACUGCCGUUUUCUGUGGUCUGAUAUAAAGAAUAUAACGUUACUUGUAAACGAAGAAAGAAAGUAUUCAUUCAUUGUCAUUGAUCCUCCUUGGCUGAAUAAGAGUGUGCGACGUAAUCGUCCGUAUUCCUGGUCAGAAUUUGAUGAUAUCAAAAAUUUACCAGUCGAACAUUUAAUUGACCGAUCGCGUCCGUCAUUGAUUUGCUGUUGGUCAACAAAUUGUGAUCGAGUAGAAGAGUUUGUCAAAGAUGAAUUAUUUCGUAAAUGGAAUUGUCAAUAUUUAACUACAUGGUAUUGGUUGAAAGUGACUCUUUCGGGUGAAUCAGUUCUUGAUUUGACAUCCGCAGAUAAAAAAUCGUAUGAAACAUUGAUCCUUGGCUACAGUGGAGACGAGAGUCGAUUCGAAACGUUGAAGAAUACCACGAAAAUUAUCUGCAGUGUACCUGCUUUGAUUCAUUCAGUAAAACCAGCGUUACAUUUAUUAUUCCGAAAGCUGAUUGAUCUUCCCAAGGAUGAUCAUGAUCAGUGUCUGGAGAUCUAUGCUCGAAAUCUUUUACCAAACUUCACAUCUGUAGGAAAUGAAGUCUUAAAACAUCAAUCGAUUGAUCUAUUUGAAGAGAAUAUUGUUUGA